AUGGGAUCUGCAAUCAAUACCAAAGUCCCCUAUAUCGAAACGCCGCUCAUUAAAUCCACAACUCUCUCAGAAAUAGCCGGCUGCAAUGUCUUCCUCAAGCUGGAAAACCUCCAGCCCUCAGGGUCCUUCAAGUCCCGCGGCAUAGGCAACUACCUGGUGGCCAAGCUGGCGGAACAUCGAUCCGAUCCUAGCAAUACUCACUUCUAUUGCUCAUCCGGAGGAAACGCUGGACUUGCUUGCGUCCAUGCCGCCAUCACUCUAGGAUGCAAGGCCACUAUUGUCGUUCCCAUGUCUACUACAGCAUACAUGAUAGACAAGAUGCGACAGGCCGGCGCUACAGACGUUAUCCAAGUGGGGGCUUCAUGGCAAGAGGCCGAUGAGUAUUUGACGGGCACUCUCAUGGAGCAAGCCCGAGCAAAGGGCGAGGUUGCCAUCUAUGUGCCUCCCUUCAACGCCCAGGAGAUCUGGGAUGGGAAUGCGACAAUUUCAAAGGAGAUUGCGAGGCAAAUUCCUACCAUGACCAGACACUAUCCGGUAUCCAUUGAUGGAAAAUCAGACCAUGAUCCGACAGCACGCAUAGAGAACGUCGACGCCGUCAUCUGCAGCGUGGGCGGAGGCGGCCUCUUCUCGGGUCUGAUGCAGGGCCUUGACGACCUCUCCAUGCAAAAGACCCGAGUCAUUACUGUUGAAACGUUGGGCGCCGACUCUCUUUACCAGGCCGUCCAAAAGCGUGAGCUUGUGACUCUGCCUGCCAUCACAAGCCUGGCCACCACGCUGGGCGCCAGGACGGUCUGCAAGAGGGCCUUUGAGUACGGGCUCCGAGAACAAGUUUCGACGGUUGUCGUCUCUGAUGCUGAAGCCAUUGCCGCAAGCAAGCGGUUCGCCAGCGAAGAGCGGUUCCUUGUCGAAUUGUCGUGCUCGGUUGUCCCCGCGGUGGUAUACGGCGGCAAGCUGAAGGAGCUGGUUCCCGGUCUUAACAAGAAUAGUGUCGUUGUGCUUGUGAUUUGCGGAGGGGCCAAUAUUUCCUACGAAAUAUUAGAAGAGUAUACGGCAGGCUUGACGUCUGCGCAUGCAAGCUGA